UGCAUCAAACUCUGUGAUAAAAAGACAAACAGGGUUUGAGAAUUUUGAGGAAGAAGAAGAAGCAGAGAUGGUGAUAAUCUCGCUUGGUGGUUCCGAUGAUGGUGAAGGACCAAGCAACCCGACCCAGAAGCGACGUAGAGUAGAACCAGACGAAGAGGAGGAAGAAGAACAAGAACAAGGGCAACAAUCACAACCACAAGCCUUUGAAAUGGAAGAAGACCCUGAAAUUGCGACCACCCAAGAAGUAGAUCACAACAACGAUGGAAAUGGAGAAGCUGAAGACUCGAACGGUGUCUCAGGAUACAGUGCUGCCAGGGAGAGGGAGAGGUCUGUUCCUGUCAUAAUUACUGACCCUGAUGUUCUUGAUUGUUGCAUUUGCUAUGAGCCCUUGAGUGUUCCUGUCUUUCAGUGUGAGAAUGGGCAUGUUGCUUGCUCUAGUUGCUGUGCCAGACUCAGGAACAAGUGUCCCAUGUGCUUGAUGCCCAUUGGCUAUAACCGUUGCCGAGCUAUGGAGAAGUUGCUGGAAUCUAUUAAAAUAUCAUGUCUGAAUGCAAAAUAUGGCUGUAAAGAGGUGUUUAGUUACAGUAUGAAAAGUGACCAUGAGAAGGAAUGCGUCUAUAUCCCGAUUUUAUGCCCGCAUACAGAUUGUGACUUUGUUGCCUCAUCGAAGGAGUUAUCCCUCCACGUCAGCCAUAGACAUGUAGGCUCUGGAGUACAGUUUACAUAUGAUAAAUUUAUCACUGUCUUUCUAAAUACUGACCAAAAAGAAAUUGUUCUCCAAGAGCAAAAUGAUGCUCAUCUGUUCAUUGUUCACAAUAAACUUGAGCUUCUGGGGAACACAGUCCAUAUUAGUUGCAUUGGCCCUAAAUCUAUGGCAGGGUUUCAUUAUGAUAUCUUGGCUAGGUCUCGAGGAAGCACUCUAAUAUUGCAAUCUGUUACCAAGAUCAUUCAAGCCAUUGGCCAUGCUUCUUCAAGUGUGUUCCUUUUGAUUCCAUCCAAGUUUUUUGGUUGUGGACAGCUCAAACUAGAUAUUCGCAUAAAGUCACAACAUUAAACCUUGGCUGGAGACCAGAAGCUGCAUUUUAGCUUGUAUUUGUAUGUAUUCUCUUUGUUUAGAACUGAGCAUGUCAAGUAAUUCAUUCUCUGUUGGCUUAGUUCUUUGUCAUUUGUCGAGAGAGUUGAUGUCAUGAGUAGGAGCUAAAUAAAACUUGUAUGAAUGCAUAUCAGUUGAGGCCAAAGACGAAGAUCAAGUAAAUUCUGCUCUUGAUGUUGGACCUGUGACUUGAUUGUUUAAACUUCUGCUCUAUGGUAAUACUUGAUGUUAGACUUUA